AUGCAUAGCGCUAUGCAAAGCACUGUACAGUUGGAUAUAGAUACCGAAGCAGGUGAAGAUAUUCACCACAGUAUUGGAGUUACUGUUGAGGGAGAAACUGUUGAACAUGAUUCUUCAUUAGCAAAAGAAGAUAUUCCAGAAGUAGUUGGCCUUAAGGAGGGCAUGUCUGACACAGUUGAUGAUAAAAUGUGGUUUAUCAAACCAAAAUCUGAAAAUUUGGAUUCUUUCCUAUUGUUUCAUCCAUGUCAACCAGUUAUCCUUUCUUUAAAUUCAACAAAGUUAUAUCAGAGGAGGGAUGGAAAGAAGCAUCACUGGUUGACUUAUUCACAUGGACAUGGUGCCUUUUUCUGCAUGGUGUGUCUAGCUUUCAGCAAAAAGACAGACGACAGUGCUUUUAUUGAUGGUUGCUUUGAUGAAAAGCACAUGUACCAGAGAAUUGAAGAGCACGAAAGAAGCAACCUCCACAAUAAUAGCUCUGAAUCCCUUUUGAUGAGGUCAAAGAAUAUGGACAUAUCUAGUCAUUUCUUUGAGAAACAAACAGCCAGAAAAGAGGAAGUGAAGAGAAAACGUGCCAUUCUAGAGAGGAUAAUUGAAACCAUAAAGCUGAUUGGAAAAAGAGGCCUAAGCUAUCGGGCAACAGCUGAAGCAGCAUAUACGUUAGAUAAUGAAAAGUUGGACCAUGGAAACUUCCUAGAGAUUUUGCUACUCUUAAGCAAGUUUGAUCCCUUGCUGAAAAAUCACCUUGAUACAGUUAUUAAAAAAAGUAAAAAGAAGCAUCAAAGUGCAACAAGUAGCAAAGGACGUGGUAGCUUUGUUACAUUAAUUUCAAAAACUACAGUCAACAAUAUCAUCUGUGUAAUUUCAGCACUUUUGAAAAAAGGUAUUGCCCAAGAGAUCAGAGAUGCCGGCAUGUUCUCAAUACAGCUCGAUACAACACAGGAUAUAAACGUCUCAGACCAGUGUUCAAUAAUAAUUCGGUAUGUCACAGAUGUGGUCCAUGAACGUCUGGUUGCUGUGGUAAAUUGCACAUCCACGACAGGGAAGGCUUUGUGUGAACUUGUUUGCAAUGUAUUGGAAUCCAUGGAAAUUGAGGUUACGAACUGUGUUGGGAACUCAACUGAUGGAGCUUCGAAUAUGCAGGGUCAGUACAACGGAUUCAGCACAUGGCUGAGUAGUAAAGCACCUGGCCAGAUUCAUGUGUGGUGCUAUGCACAUGUACUAAAUUUGGUGAUGAUGGAUGUCACAAAGAUAUCUGUUCAGGCAAUAUUGUUGUUCGGCUUGUUAAACUCCUGUGCUGUAUUUAUCCGCGAAUCCUACCUUCGGAUGAAUGUAUGGCGUGAAGUCUCAGGAAGAAAGAUUUAG